AUGAGCAGUGAGCUGGAGAGCAGUAGUUUUGUUGAUUCUGAUGAGGACAAUACAAGCAGGUGGGAGAAUUUUAAGGUUACAGUAGUAAGCGGUUGGAAUGUGUGUGACACAAUUUUGUUAAAACCCUUCAAAAAUAUAUUGGACCAUAAAUAUAAAAAGGCCACCUCCAAUAUUUUAAUGGAUAUUGGCGUAUUCAUAUGGCAAGCUGAUAUUAUAAAAUCUGAAUCAUAAUUUAAUUGAUAUUUAUAGUUAUUGAGCAUGGUGACUUUUCCUGGAAAUACUCUGAAUUAUCCUGAUUCGCUCGGAGUACGACCGGACGGCCCUGAUGUUGCUCAGCACAAGCAAAUCUAAUGAUGUGUUAAUGUUGGGGUAACUGGAGACAUUUCUGUAGUGCUCCCAAAUGUGAAACACUUGGGAAAUAAUCUGGUAUAGGAACUCUGGACUGUAACACCAAACGAAAGACACUCGGGAGGUAUGCAUGGAGCAGUCCUGUCUGUACACAAAUCCAGGCACCCUUGCCGCACAGUUCUAAGGUAGUGCUUGCUUUUGAUGGGGGUGGUCAGAUUUUCAUUUUUACCUAGGUAUGCAUGUAACGAAGCAUUAUAUUCACUAUGUUUGGGUUUUUUAGCUUACAUUUUGCUGUUUGGAUUUCCAUUUGCAAAAUUUAAUAAAUAUCCCUGCCAAUGCAGAAAAAUCUGUUUUAAUGUAACAUCUGUUUACCCUACAUUUUUGAGCGUUACUCUAUUUUCAAAUGAUUCCUACCAAUUUAUGCUUAUAAGGAAGAUACAUUUAUUUUUGGGGGGUUUUGAGGUUUUAAAUAAUUCUAAAAAAAAAAAAGAGCUCUGUAAUAUAAAAGCAAAUGUCUAUUGACACAAUCCAUACUGGAAACUUUAAUUUAUUCCCUGUUUUAGUUUAUUCUGUAAAUAGUUUAUUCAUAUGUUUAUUGAUUUAGUAAAGCAGUUCAUGUUCCUUCCAUUCAAAGAAUAGGCUACAGUGUAUUUCCUUGCCAAUUGCCAUUAUUAAUGUAGUUGCUAGUUUCUUUAUCAAUCCAAUAAAGAGGUUAAAUGCAGUGUAUACUGUUGUCCAAUUGGAAUAUAGUCAGAUUAAAUUAGAUUGUGCAUUUUUGGAUAAACAUUUCAAAUGAUUUUAUAUUUUUGGAAAAACAUUUAAAAAAACGUUUACAUUUUUUUUUCAAGAUAUGAAAAAACAUCAAAGUUAUACCAUUUGUAUCAAAAUAUGAUUUAAUUUUCCAAAAUAUUUCAUCAUUUUAAAAGUUUAUCAAAAAAUAUUAUCAUAAAAAUAAAAUCAUUUCAUUAGUUUAUCCAAAAACAAUAAAUUAAGGUCUAUGUAUGAAAUAUCUUGUAAUCAGUCUGACUCAUAAGAGUUUUAUCAUGACAACAGAUAGUUGGGCAACAGUUAGCCCAGUCUUGGCUAGCAGAUUCUAUUGGAAUGCCCAAUUUUCUCACUGUAUUUAAGCUGUCACUUUACUGGAAGAGAAAGCUCUGUGUUCCCUUACCUACAUCACUACAUGGUUUCAUUUCAUUUACAAACAUUUCCCGGACAGAAAACUACAGAGAAUUUUCUAAACAUUGAUAUCACAACCCACAGCUAACUUUAAGUUGUCCAACGGUCUGUUUAUUAUGUGACCGUUCCUCUUUAUCCUUCCUCUACCAAUGAUAAGGUCACUUGGAAUUUAGCCCACUCUAGAGCCCACUCUUUCUAAAAAGAAGGGUCGUGUUUACUGGAAACAUUGCGCUUUACAUAUGUUGUUUGUGCUGUCGGUCAUUUAGUAUGUGCAAGUGACAAGUUUCCUUUAAAGUGGAACAUCUGCUGAGGGUCAUGUUAAGACCUUUUGCAUGUUGGUUCAGCCCUGUACGCUAAGCAAGCAGUGAUGUUAUGAUUGCAAGUUUGGACACGGCUCAUCAGUUUAGUUUUGGUUAAGAUGUACCUCAAUCCUUCAUUUGUAGCCGCCUGUCACCGCUUCUCAUAACGCUGCAUCUCAUCUUGUACUUCAGAUCAAGACAUCAUCCCUCAGGCUGUAAGUCUGAAGCCCAUUACAAGGGCAGGGUGUGUUUGAGUUAGUUAUUGGUUUAAAACCUCUAAGCUGAAAGAUAGGUUGCAAUUGCCUGUCAUAGAAGGGAUGCUACUAAUCUAUCUUGACUUCAAUACAACUUGACAUCAGAGAUGUCAUCACUACAGAUAGGCGCAAAGGUCAACUGCUCAAUUAUUGGCAAAUAGAAAAGUGGGAUUAAAGACCAAAGACAGCACAAUAACUAAAUGAAUGAAACUGUCUUUGUUGUAAAUUGGAAACGGUGAGGUCUAUGCAGUUCUCAUGCAAGGUUAUUGAUGUGGAGCAAACCACAAGAUCGUUCCAUUUGGUUCCCAUGGUAAUGGUAUAUGCAGAAAUUCAGACAUACUUCUUUUACUACAUAGUAUGAAUAUCUUAGAAUUUUAUAACCGAAGAAAAAAACUCAUAAUGUAAUAAAUGUGCACUGCGAACAAAUUCAGCAUUCUGGUUUGGUUAUGGAGAUGGGAACGUAUGAAGUAGCUAAAGAUGUACUAAAAUGUUAUCAGACCUUAUAUUGGUUAAAAUUUUAAAUCAGCUUUCAGAAAAAAAUGCACAUUUAUUGAAUUUCAUUCAGUUGUUUUACAUGCUCCCAACUUGCCCCAUUGCAGUCUAUAGUGAAUGUGGCGGCGAGGCUCAUCUUCCUGUUCGCCCACACCUCCCACGCCUCACCCCUCUGUCAGUCCCUGCAUUGGCUUCCCGUAAGACAUUGGGCUCAAUUUAAAAUUCUGAUUCUUGCUUUCAAAUCUCUACAUAAUGAUGCUCCCACCUAUCUAUCCUUCCUAAUACACAAGUAUGUCCUGUCUAGGCCUCUACGCUCUGCUGAAAACCUACGUCCAAUCUCUGUUCGUACUCCCACCUCUGAUGCUCGCCUUCAAGACUUCUCUAGGACUUCUCCUGUGGACCUCCCUUCUCUUUUCCGUUAGACGCUCACCCAGUCUCUACUCCUUCAAAAAUCAUUAAAACCUCACUUUUACACAAAAGCGUAUAAAUUAAACUGUUAAUGGCUCCCAACUGAUUCCUCUCCUGCAACUGUCAUUUAAAAAAAAAAAACACACACAAAAAAACAGUUUUCGUCUUCAAUGAAUUUUAUUCUGCCAAUCUACUUCCCUAAUAUUAUCCUUACCUUUUGUGUCACUUUACCCCACUCCCUCUAGCAUGUUGAGCUCAUUGAGCAGGGCCACUUAACCCCUCUGUUCCUGUGUGUCAAACUUGUCUGGUUACAAUUAAAUGUUUGUUAGUCCACCCAUUGUAAAGCGCUACUGAAUUUGUUGGCGCUAUAUAAAAAUAAUAAUAAUUUAACAGUUAAAAAAUUAUAUUUUCUCCAGUUGUUUAUGUAAGUCUGCAAUUUAUAUGAGGAUAUGGACUAUGUUCUAUUGAAGGAACACUUCAGUCACCAAAACAACCUCAUCUAAAAUUCAUCAAUGGGGAGCUACUAAUUGGCUUAGGGCGUCAGCUGACCGCUCCAGCCAAUCAGCGGCGCCCCUGCGCGGGGGACCUGGAGAUCACCGCUAAAGGCAUUUUUGGGGGUUAAACUGUUUGAGAAUGGUUUGCCCCCUUAAAGUAAAAGUACUCCCGGGGGCCUCCUUCAUUUAGAAUCCGUGUUAAUUUUCUGGUUCAUGGCUAGAACACGUGCUGUUCGUGGUGUUACCAUUUUCUUUUGUGCAAUGUCAUGAUGUACUUUUAAUUUGCCUUUAUCUAGGUUAAGUAGCUCUACCGAACAAAGCACAUCUUCUCGCCUUAUACGUAAACAUAAGAGGAGAAGGAGGAAGCAAAAGAUGCGUCAGAUUGACAGGGUAGGUUACGCCUAUUUUGCAAGCCUUUGGGGUUUUACCGGCUUAUUCACUAAGGUGUGAAUCAUUGUAAAUUAAACAUUCUAAAUCAAAUGCUUUUCUUCAGGUGAAGUGGUCUCGGUUCACCUACAAUUUGUUUUGUUCUAAUCAAUCCCUGUUUUUUUCUCGUAGUCUUCAUCUUUAAGCAGUAUCACAGACUCCACCAUGUCGCUGAAUAUUAUCACAGUUACGCUAAAUAUGGGUAAGUAUCAUUUCCAUAAUUUCCAUUGUGUCCAUCAAAUCUAGCCAACAUAUACUUCCCUGUUAAUAUUUAACUACAAAGCUCAUAAUUCUCAGCCUUAUAUUAGCUUUAAUUCUAACAGGAUCAUGCAGUUUAGAUGUCAAUGUCAUAGAAAGUCCAAACACAUUUCAACGUCCACUAAUGUCUUUGUCAAAUGAGCUCAGCAGAGGACAAACAUGUCUUGUUAUUUUGGAAUUACAUUGUUUGAUUGGCUGAGAAGCCCAGAUUUCUUAUAUAGAAGCAUAUGAGCAAUUUCCAAGGACUUAGACUCUCUCCUGAAGGACUGGCUAUUUUAUUAUUUUCCCCUAGAAAAAUACAACUUCUUAGGCAUUAGCAUUGUUGGGCAGAGCAAUGACCGUGGUGACGGAGGAAUUUACAUUGGAUCGAUUAUGAAAGGAGGGGCUGUAGCAGCUGAUGGACGCAUUGAGCCUGGAGAUAUGUUACUACAGGUAAGUUCACACUCCCCUUGUUUCAAGAACUAGCACAUCUCACAUGUAUCCGACCAACAUGUGCUCUAGCACACUGAUCUGGUUCUAGACCAAUAUAGUAAACACUCUAUCCUAUAUAAAAAUGUAUCUUUCACGUGUGAGAUAAUUGUUAUUCGAAACUACAACUAUGUGCUUGCUCUGUACACCAUAGCCCAAUCUCUUAUAUCCCUGCCUUUGUUUUCAACUAAUCUGCAUUCUCUUUAUCCUACCAUCUAAAAUCCAAGCUAUUUCAAAUUCUACUUUUGGGCUCAUCUUAAUCACCCAUCGUACCUCAUCAUAUUGUAAACCUCAAUUGGGUUCCCAUUUCAUCAAGAAGACAGCAUAAAUUCCUCACUCUGACAUAUUACCUCAAUUUUUCUGUUUAUGAUGUCAAUUGUGUAAAUAAUAAACAUCUCAUUCUAGGUGACUUUAGAAAUAUCUUAAAACACUUUUUGAUUUCCUGCCCAUCACCGCACCUCUCUGCGUUCUCUCUAUAAAAAGAAAAAUAGGUGCCCUGCGCUCUGAAAUUCUAGGGGAUCUGCAUAUGAGAUGCUAUAAAAGAAGAUUAUUUGUUCUGUUAUUUCCACUGUGAUAUCCAGACUGGGUUACGAGCAGUUUUCUGGUUCUUGCAGGUUAAUGAUGUCAACUUCGAGAACAUGAGUAAUGAUGACGCAGUGAGGGUCCUCCGGGAAAUAGUCUGCAAACCAGGGUAAGUGUAUGUGAUAAGUAGCAGGACGAUGGUCUAUGAUAUUUGAACAGUUUAUUAUGUCUACUCCACAUUGCACAAGAAGACCUUGACAUGUUAUCAUUCACUGUUGGAGAUCUGAUAAUGAUCAGCAUAUCUACACACCAAACACUUUCUUGUCCUCUUGGGGGACAUUAGAUCUGGGUAUUAGUUUCUCCUUAAUUAGUGGAUAGGAACACGUAAGAGACUGUUUAAAAAGAUUCCAAUUCUGUCCUCUUUCCUGAAGUGUCGCAGAGAAGUCGUGUUUUAGUGUAUCUUUUCCUUUUUUUGGUUUACCUGGCCCAUUUCUCAAGGUGUAACAUUUUACCUCUAUCCUUAUGCUGUAAUCCACUUGGAGGAUUCAAACUAGCUGAGGGGAUUGGUAGAAACCAAAGCUGAUUCUAAUGUCUAGCAGAAAUCUCAUUAACUCUGUAAGUGAUCAGGGCAAACUAAGAGACCAUCUAAGUCAGUAUCCAGUUUCUUACCAGGAAAGGUUAAAGGAUCUUAACAUGUAUAGCUUGGAGGAAAGACGAGACAGGGGGGAUAUGAUAGAAACAUUUAAAUAUAUAAAGGGAAUCAACACAAUAAAGGAGGAGACUAUAUUUAAAAGAAGAAAAACUACCACAACAAGAGGACAGUGUCUUAAAUUAGAGGGGCAAAGGUUUAAAAAUAAUAUCAGGAAGUAUUACUUUACUGAGAGGGUAGUGGAUGCAUGGAAUAGCCUUCCAGCUGAAGUGGUAGAGGUUAACACAGUAAAGGAGUUUAAGCAUGCGUGGGAUAGGCAUAAGGCUGUAAUAACUAUAAGAUAAGGCCAGGGACUAAUUAAAUUAUUUAGAAAAUUGGGCAGGCUAGAUGGGCCGUAUGGUUCUUAUCUGUCGUCACAUUCUAUGUUUCUAUGUUUCUAUGUUUCUAUGUUUCAGUUGUGCUUUACCUGCUACCGUCUGAAAUCAGUUUUGUUUAUUGCACAGAGUCUAGGAGAUCACAUUACAGUUUGACCGGGCUAUUUACUAGAGAGAGAAUUUAAAGUGAAUUUCAAAUCUAAGGCCAGAGUAGCUGAACUGAAAGCAUUGUUGAAUGAGAUAUUUUUUCCAAUUUGAUUAUUUUAACCUUAAAUCUGAAAUUGACUUUGAAUUUACUGAUUUCUAUUACAGUUAAAAAAGUUUAUCACAAUUAAUAGUUUCAUUGAGUGUCUAAAUGCUGUAUCUAAACAAAGUUGCUGUCGGCUGAUUAAUCAUUUUUAGUGCAUACAACAAAAAGACUGUGUGUUAGCAUUGUUUCUCUGUAGAGACUGGCUAGCAGUUAGGGUGACAAUCAGGAUUUUGGUGGUUGAAACAGAUUUAGAAUGCAUUGAUGUCUCCAGCAGUUGUAACAUUAUAACACAUAUCUGCAGAGAAGGAGCUAAGAAAGGGCUAGGUCACAUUACUAAUUCUGCUUAGAGGGCUAGGUGCAGUUUAGAGCCACCCAGUGGUCAUGCUGAAGACUGCAGUUUUAAAAACAUUACUUUCACAUAUUCUUCAAAUUAGAGCAAGUUUAGGGGCUAUGGCCCUUUUUAAAGAAAAAAAUAAACAAAUCUUCUUAGCUCUUGUCUACAGAGAAAAAAUAAUCCAUAUCGGAAUAUUUUUGUUCCAUUCAGAUAAGCACAGAAUAGGCAAUGUAUAUGCAAGGUAUUGACCAGGCAUCCCUGAUCCUUUGUUUUGGUAUCUUAAUUGAAUAAGUCAUUUAAUGUAGAACAAAAAUGACAUUCACUGGUUUGCCGAAAUUAAAUGUGUUUGAAUCAUCCAUGCUUUGUUAGAAUGGUGCAGUUCAGAAUUUCUGAAUUAGGUUUAUUUUGCUGGAUAAUUACUAAAUGCACUGCAUUGCACUGAUAUUCAAUUUUGUUUUUGUAGACCAUAUCUUAUAUAUUUAAAUUGUACCAAAACCAAAUAUUUGUUCUACUAAUUGAUAAGGCCACUACUGCAGCUACUAAAAAGAAUGAUUUUGUUCUUAUUUCACAGCCCAAUUAGUUUGACCGUGGCAAAAUGUUGGGAUCCCACGCCAAGGAGCUAUUUCACAAUUCCUCGGGGUAAGUAAAGUGCAACUGACCUUAGUUAUCACAGGGAUAUACUCUGUGCUGUUUUUAGGAACUGAAGCACUCCACAAUUUUAAAAAUGUUCUGCCUACAUCUAUGUUCAGUCCUCUGUCUUAAAGGAAAUAAACUGACACUGCAUGCCCUCCAACCAGAUAUGUUAUGGUUGAGUGAUAGGGGAGGACUGGAGGCAAUUGCCCCCAGCACUAAGCAUACAAAAGUUUUGGGCUGCAGCCUCAAUGGGUACAGGGCUGUCUCUUAGCAUAGCUCUCCAAGAUAGAGUCAGCAGUCAGUAAUUGUAAUGGUCAGGAUUGUUUGGGUUAACAUGAUGCAACCCUUUUGUUCUUGGGCUUGUGGCAAAUGUAUCAUCAGUCAUUAAAUUAUAGAGUGAGACAGUUGGGUGAUUUGAUCUAAAAAAUGGCCAUUCAUUUGUACUUGCUCUCAUUUUACAUUUGUAUUUCCUUGCAAGAAGGACGAGUUUGAGGCAUAUUGCAAAGAGUGUUUGGUGCACUCAAUUAGUUUAGAGUAAACUGGUUAACAAAUGAAGGAUCAAUUAAAGAUGAAUUAGUUAGUCUUGUAAAAAUAGAUAGCAGACCUAUACAAACAUUUGAGGUGAGAACCAGAGUAAGUUCCAAUAGUGCACAGAGUUGUGACUUACUCAGAAAGUUAGCCGCAGGCUGCACUUACGCGGACAUCAGCAUUAGAUUGAUGCUUCGUUUCCAGGGUGCAUGUUACAUUUCAGAACCAGGUUAUUGAUCUGAUGGUAGGUGAGAUGUACAGAUGAAUAAUACCGCCAUGUGUUUUCAGGGUCGUACUCAGUGAAUUGUAGAAAGGGAUUCACAGUGCUGAAAGAGGCAAUUCAUGAUUACACCUCAGUAAACUGGAGGAAGGAAUACAGGUUCUACAUUCAUUCAUCUGGAGGAAGGAAUUCAGGCACUACCUUCAGUAUUCUCAAGGAAGGAACACAGGUGCUACAUUCAUUCAUCUGGAGGAAGGAAUGCAGGCACUAUAUUCAUUCAUCUGGAGGAAGGAAUGCAGGCACUACAUUUAGUAUUCUCGAGGAAGGAACACAGGUGCUACAUUCAUUAAUCUGGAGGAAGGAAUGCAGGCACUACCUUCAGUAUUCUCGAGGAAGCAAUACAGGUGUUACAUUCAUUAAUCUGGAGGAAGGAAUGCAGGCACUACCUUCAUUAUUCUCAAGGAAGCAAUACAGGUGCUACAUUCAUUAAUCUGGAGGAAGGAAUGCAGGCACUACCUUCAGUAUUUUCAAGGAAGCAAUACAGGUGCUACAUUUAUUAAUCUGGAGGAAGGAAUGCAGGCACUACCUUCAGUAUUCUCGAGGAAGCAAUACAGGUGCUACAUUCAUUAAUCUGGAGGAAGGAAUGCAGACACUACCUUCAGUAUUCUCAAGGAAGCAAUACAGGUGCUACAUUCAUUAAUCUGGAGGAAGGAAUGCAGGCACUACCUUCAGUAUUGUCAGGUAUAGCAUGGCAUGUAUUUCGUCGCCGGAACCCACUUCCGGGUUCACGGCGCUUAGCCCCGCCCUUUUUUCUGACGCGGUCCCUCCACGAUACUUAGGAAGACCGCGCCAGAUUCAAAGGGCUGGAUUAUUCGCACAGGUGCUGCAGAAAGAUCAGCUGCUCUACUUUUGAUCCUACCUGCUCCACUUCUAGACCUCGGCUAGUAAAACGGAUUUCUACCUUCUCCACUUCUCGACCUCGGCUUGUAAACGGAUUUCUACCUUCUCCACUUCUCGACCUCGGCUUGUAAACGGAUUUCUACCUUCUCCACUCCUAGACCUCGGCUUGUAACUCUGAAUUCUACCUUCUCCACUCCCAGACCUCGGCUUGUUAAAACGGACUUCCCCACUCUCCACUCCUAGUUCUCAGCUUGUUGAAACGGACUUCUAAUUUCUCCUUCAUUGGGUGAAUUAACCCUUCCAGUGCCAGAACUGCCUUUAAGUUAAGUAAUACUUUUACCAAACAAGCCAAUUCCUAUUAUUUAUGUUACACAGUAUCUAAAACUCACUAAAGUGUCACUUUGUCUAAUUAUUCCUCUUAUUCAUAAGGGAUUGCUACAAAGCCUAAUUUUUCCUUCAUGUGUAUUUAAAGGUACAGUGACCAUUGUUUCAUAUCAAUAUAAAAGGAGGUGAAACUUAUUGUUGCUGCAACCAGGAAAUUCUGCAGUUGAGUUCCAAUUAAGAAGUAUUACAAAAUAAAUAUUACAGAAUAAUCCAGCCUUAUUCAAUGGAACCAGCAGAUAUCAACUCUCAAGUUUCUGCCCUAACCAAUAGAGUGGAUACGAUUGCUCAAGGGUUACAGGAACUGCAAAUUACAAAUGAGAGAAUAUUAACCUAUGUUAGAGACAUUCAAGGUCAUCUUCCUCAUGCCGCUCUUCAAUCGGCUGGUGAUCCUGCUGUCUGUAAUCCAGAAAAAUUUUAUGGAGAUAGAACAAAGUACAGAGAGUUUUUGAAUUCUUGCAAACUACUAAUAGCUUUAAAACCUAGAUCUUAUCCCACCGAAAGAUCCAAAGUCUGUUCAGUGAUCUCUUUUUUAAGAGGUGAACCUAUGGCCUGGGCCCAUUCCUUUUUGGAAAAUGAUGAUCCCAUAUUAGAUUCAUUGGAUGAGUUCUUUGAAGCUAUGUCUUUAUUAUAUGAAGAUCCUUUUAAACAAACUACUGCUGAUUUAACCAUCAGAACAUUACACCAAAAGAAUAGACCUGUUGAAGAUUAUAUUGCAGAAUUCAAAAGAUGGGCUACAGAAACCCAAUGGAAUGACAUUACUUUACGCAAUCAAUUCCGUCUCGGAUUAUCUGAAGCUGUGAAAGAUGAACUCUCUCGUACAGAACUUCCUCCUACCUUAAAUGCAUUGAUUCAACUGUCCAUCAGUAUUGAUAGACGUCUAAGAGAAAGAAAAGCUGAAAGGGUUCUUACUAAUUCUACCUGGAGAAAACCUUUCACUACUCUAAAACUACCUGAAAAAAUUCCUCCACAAACUGAACCUAUGGAAGUAGGUAUAAUAAAAAGUCCUCUUACUUCUGAAGAAAGAAUAAGAAGGAGACAACUAAACUUAUGUAUGUAUUGUGCUUCGAACGAACAUCUAAUUUCCGAAUGUCCUCUACUGAAACAUUCAAAAGGUGGUAAGCUUCAUUCAUCUACCUCUAUAUUGAACGUUUUUCAAAAAAAGAAAAGCAUCUACUUAUUUUUCUAUAUCUCUCAUAUUACAGUGGGAUACAAAAAGAAUCGUGACUGAGGCCAUCAUUGAUUCUGGUGCUAAUGGAACUUUUCUUGAUUUUUCUUUUGUUUCAAAAAAUAAAAUUCCUUGUGUUCAAAAAACUAACUUUAUUCCAAUCAGAGUUAUUGACGGUUCAUUUAUAUCCUCAGGACCCAUCAAAGAUGAGACAAUCCCUCUAAGAAUGAUUACCAACAACGUACAUUUCGAAUUCAUUACAUUUGAUAUUAUUAAAUCUCCACUUUAUCCCGUCAUUCUAGGAAUUAAUUGGUUAAAAACCCAUGAUCCUUUAAUUAAGUGGUCUCCCUUCUCCAUCUCCUUUGCUUCUGAUUUCUGUAAAAAAACGUGCUUACAACACAUUCCUAUUCUCCAAACUACUGUAGAACCAGUUAUACCUCCAUUCUACUCCGAUUUUGCAGAUGUCUUUUGUAAAAAAGAAGCGGAAACACUUCCUCCUCAUCGGUAUAUGAUUGCCCAAUAGAUCUCAUACCCGGUGCUCCUAUUCCUUAUGGUCAUAUUUAUCCACUCUCUGAAAAGGAGUUAGAAAUUUUAAAAGAAUAUCUUAAUGAAAAUUUACGCAAAGGGUUCAUCAGACCCUCGACCUCCCCAGCUGCUUCUAGUAUUUUCUUUGUGAAGAAUAAGGACCAAACCAUCCGUCCUAUUAUAGAUUACAGAGCCUUAAAUAAAAUAACUAUUAAAAAUCGUUAUCCUCUUCCACUAAUAAAUGAAUUAAUUGAAAGGUUAAGAACUGCAACUAUAUUCACUAAACUCGACCUUCGAGGCGCAUAUAACCUCAUUAGAAUAAAACAGGAUGAUGAAUGGAAAACCGCCUUCCGGACAAGAUAUGGUCUCUACGAAUAUCUAGUGAUGCCUUUUGGGCUCUGUAAUGCCCCUGCAACAUUUCAACAUUUUAUAAAUUAUAUCUUUAGAGAUCUUUCUGGAUAUAUGUGUUAUUAUCUACUUAGAUGAUAUCUUAAUAUAUUCUAACAAUUUGGAUGAACAUAGGAAGCAUGUUAGAUGGGUUCUAUCUAGACUGAGAACUCAUAAAUUAUACGCUAAACCAGAAAAAUGCCUUUUUGAGGUUACUGAAUUCUCUUUUCUAGGAUACAUUAUUUCACCUCAUUCUUUGAAGAUGGAUAAUUCCAAAAUCAAAUGUAUUAUUGACUGGCCCGCUCCUACUACUACAAAAGAAUUACAACGUUUUCUUGGAUUUGCAAACUUCUAUAGAAAAUUUAUUAGAAACUAUUCGGAUGUAUCACAUCCUCUUAACCUCCUCAACAGUAGUAAACGUCCUUUCAAUUGGAAUAAAGAUGCACAAACAGCCUUCGACGAAUUAAAAAAAAGAUUUACAACUGCACCUAUUCUACAACUACCUAAUCCAACAUUCUUAUAUGUUCUUGAAGUUGAUGCAUCAGAUGCAGCCAUCGGAGCAGUUCUUUCUCAACAAAAGACUCCACAAGAUCCACUUCAUCCAGUUGCCUUUUUUUCAAGAUCCUUGAGCUCUGCUGAAAAAAAUUAUCCUAUUGGUGAAAAAGAAUUAUUAAGUGUUAAAGCUGCCUUCGAAAAUUGGCGUCAUCUUCUGGAAGAUACAAAACAACCUAUAAUAGUUUAUACUGACCAUAAAAAUCUUGAAUAUCUCUAUACUAACAAAACCCUUACAGCUAGACAAGUUAGAUGGAACCUAUUUUUUAACCGAUUUAACUUCCAAUUAAUAUACAGACCUGGAACUAGAAAUAAAAAGGCUGACGCUCUUUCUCGAAUUCCUUCUAAAACUACUAUUGAUGAUUAUCCUCCUAACAAAAUAAUAGGGAUCCUCUCUUCUCUUCAUGAUGACAUAAAGAAUUUGAAUCAGAAGGAUCUUGAACUUCCCAAAACACCUAUACUAACAAAAAAGGAUGGUAUAUUUUAUUUUAAAAAUAGAAUUUAUAUUCCUCCCAUUCUUAGGAAUAAAUUACUUAAGAUGGUUCAUGAUUCACCCCUAGCUGGACAUCCUGGAAUAAAGAAAACACUUGAACUAACUUCACGAUAUUAUUGGUGGCCUCGCCAGGAUAGAACCAUUGAAUUAUAUGUCAAAACAUGUCCUAUCUGUCAAAGGUCUAAACCAGAACAUAAUCAACCUUUUGGAUUACUACUUAACUUACCUAUUCCAGAAAAACCUUGGCAAUCCAUUUCUAUGGAUUUUAUCGUUGAUCUUCCACCUUCUCAACAUUUCACCACUAUUCUUGUCGUUGUGGAUCGCUUCACAAAAAUGUCCCAUUUCAUUUCCUUAAAAAAAUUACCCUCCUCUGUAGAAUUGUCUAAGGUCUUUAUUGACAAUAUUGUGAAACUUCAUGGUCUUCCUGAAGAAAUUAUUUCUGAUAGGGGGACACAAUUUACCUCCAAAUUCUGGAAAGAGAUGUGUCUCUCCCUUCAAAUUCAACGCAAACUCUCUUCCGCUUAUCAUCCCCAAACUAAUGGGCAAACAGAAAGGGUUAAUCAAUGUUUGGAACAAUAUCUUCGAUGUUAUUGUUCAUACCUCCAAGAUGACUGGACCACAUGGUUACCUAUGGCCGAAUUUUCUUACAAUAAUACCAUUCAUUCUAGUACGAAAAUGACUCCUUUCUUCUCCAACUAUGGUUUUCAUCCGUCUUCAUUCCCCAUCCAAACCAUUACUUCAUCCAAUCCUACUGUUACAUCAAAAAACGAAUUUAUGUCUUCUCUAUUUCUCAAAUUACGGGAGAAUCUUCAACUCGCCCAAAAUAACCAGAAAAAGUUUUUUGACAAUAAUAGAAGAAUUCCCCCUCCUUACAAGGUAGGGGAUCUUGUCUGGCUCUCUUCAAGGAAUAUUACCACAAGCCGUCCUUCAAAGAAAUUGAGCUCUCUUUUUCUUGGUCCCUUUCAAGUAAUUACUACCAUUAAUGAUAACGUUGUUAAACUAAAACUUCCUCCAAGUUUUAAACUUCAUCCAGUAUUCCAUGUCUCCUUACUUAAACCACACAUCCCUGAUCCUUUUUAUAGAGAAAUAGUAACAACUCCUGAACCUAUCAUUGUCCAAGGUGAAGAAGAAUAUGAAAUUCACAAAAUUUUGGAUUCUCGUGUCCACCGUGGCUCCUUACAAUACCUUAUCAGAUGGAAAGGUUAUGGAGUUGAUGAAGACACUUGGGAAGAUUCAUCUAAUGUACAUGCUAGGAGGUUAGUUACUGCCUUUCACAAACGCUACCCCUCCAAACCGAAAUAGUGCACCCAGAGGAUGCCCCAUGAGAAGGGGGUACUGUCAGGUAUAGCAUGGCAUGUAUUUCGUCGCCGGAACCCACUUCCGGGUUCACGGCGCUCAGCCCCGCCCUUUUUUCUGACGCGGUCCCUCCACGAUACUUAGGAAGACCGCGCCAGAUUCAAAGGGCUGGAUUAUUCGCACAGGUGCUGCAGAAAGAUCAGCUGCUCUACUUUUGAUCCUACCUGCUCCACUUCUAGACCUCGGCUAGUAAAACGGAUUUCUACCUUCUCCACUUCUCGACCUCGGCUUGUAAACGGAUUUCUACCUUCUCCACUUCUCGACCUCGGCUUGUAAACGGAUUUCUACCUUCUCCACUCCUAGACCUCGGCUUGUAACUCUGAAUUCUACCUUCUCCACUCCCAGACCUCGGCUUGUUAAAACGGACUUCCCCACUCUCCACUCCUAGUUCUCAGCUUGUUGAAACGGACUUCUAAUUUCUCCUUCAUUGGGUGAAUUAACCCUUCCAGUGCCAGAACUGCCUUUAAGUUAAGUAAUACUUUUACCAAACAAGCCAAUUCCUAUUAUUUAUGUUACACAGUAUCUAAAACUCACUAAAGUGUCACUUUGUCUAAUUAUUCCUCUUAUUCAUAAGGGAUUGCUACAAAGCCUAAUUUUUCCUUCAUGUGUAUUUAAAGGUACAGUGACCAUUGUUUCAUAUCAAUAUAAAAGGAGGUGAAACUUAUUGUUGCUGCAACCAGGAAAUUCUGCAGUUGAGUUCCAAUUAAGAAGUAUUACAAAAUAAAUAUUACAAGUAUUCUCGAGGAAGCAAUACAGGUGCUACAUUCAUUAAUCUGGAGGAAGGAAUGCAGGCACUACCUUCAGUAUUCUCGAGGAAGCAAUACAGGUGCUACAUUCAUUAAUCUGGAGGAAGGAAUGCAGGCACUACCUUCAGUAUUCUCAAGGAAGCAAUACAGGUGCUACAUUCAUUAAUCUGGAGGAAUGAAUGCAGGCACUACCUUCAGUAUUCUCGAGGAAGCAAUACAGGUGCUACAUUCAUUAAUCUGGAGGAAGGAAUGCAGGCACUACCUUCAGUAUUCUCGAGGAAGCAAUACAGGUGCUACAUUCAUUAAUCUGGAGGAAGGAAUGCAGGCACUACCUUCAGUAUUCUCAAGGAAGCAAUACAGGUGCUACAUUCAUUAAUCUGGAGAAAGGAAUGCAGGCACUACCUUCAGUAUUCUCGAGGAAGCAAUACAGGUGCUACAUUCAUUAAUCUGGAGGAAGGAAUGCAGGCACUACCUUCAGUAUUCUCGAGGAAGCAAUACAGGUGCUACAUUCAUUAAUCUGGAGGAAGGAAUGCAGGCACUACCUUCAGUAUUCUCGAGGAAGCAAUACAGGUGCUACAUUCAUUAAUCUGGAGGAAGGAAUGCAGGCACUACCUUCAGUAUUCUCAAGGAAGCAAUACAGGUGCUACAUUCAUUAAUCUGGAGGAAUGAAUGCAGGCACUACCUUCAGUAUUCUCGAGGAAGCAAUACAGGUGCUACAUUCAUUAAUCUGGAGGAAGGAAUGCAGGCACUACCUUCAGUAUUCUCGAGGAAGCAAUACAGGUGCUACAUUCAUUAAUCUGGAGGAAGGAAUGCAGGCACUACCUUCAGUAUUCUCGAGGAAACAAUACAGGUGCUACAUUCCUUAAUCUGGAGGAAGGAAUGCAGGCACUACCUUCAGUAUUCUCGAGGAAGGAACACAGGUGCUACAUUCAGUAAAUUGGAAGAGGGAAUUCAAGAGUUAGGUACCAUAUUAAGAAAGUUUGAGUGUGAUGUGGGUGGUUUUAAUAAAUGGAAGGAAAUUAUUUGGUACUUAGCAUAGAUUCAUAAUAAUGUAUACAAGAUAUAAUAAUAGGUAUAAAGGAAGAUGAGAUUUUAAAAUGUUCUAAUGAUUAAUUUUAAAAAGUGGAAACGGCUUCCUCAGCACAUGAUACAGGAAUGGUACGCUAAACACGAUAAAAUGAUGGGUCAGGUAGAGGAAUAUCUGCUGUAACGCUUAAUGUUUUUAUCUUCAAAGGCAAUGUUUUUUUCAGCCAUGGUAAUGUCAUCAUGUAUCCGCACUGCAUUGUUCACCAAACGUAUGUUUGUUUGUUUUCUCCCCUGUCCUGGUUACAGCAGAACCUGUGAGGCCUAUUGACCCGGCUGCCUGGAUCACUCAUACCUCAGCCCUGACGGGAGCGUACCCCCGUUACGGUAUGAGCCCCUCCAUGAGCAUCAUCACAUGCACCAGCUCCUCAUUAACAAGCUCUAUACCCGAGUCGGAAAGUAAGUCACACUGCAGCCCCUUACUCUGGGCAGGACUGACCCUGUGCUGGGGCAGCAGUGUACAGCUUUACCCCACCCACACACCCACGAAGAUGUUAAUCAACCAGGCAGAAAGAUUUACCCAAAUCUCUGUCUGCUGCUUGAUCGUUCCAUGCAUACUGCUAGAGACACACAAUGCUUAUUUUUUUCUCCAAUACCUUGAUGUAGCACAGCGCUAAGCAACCUUCAGCACUCCAGAUGUUAUGGACUACAUCUCCCUUGAUACUUUGCCAGCAUUAUGGCUGUAAGUGAACAAAAUCUGGAGUGCUGAAGAUUGCCUAUCAUUGAUAUACCGUGACAGAAAGCUAUAGAGAAUAAGUGUUAGUAAUAAGUCUGUGACUCAGGUCUCUUUGUUGACCUGGGGUAUAGCAAUCAUAUCAGAUUAUAACAUACUGGUAUAAUAAUAUACCAUCUCGAGAUACCUACAAGCCAUGGGUAUGGUCUCCAAAAUUGAUAUAUGUUAGCCAUUUUACUUGUUAAUGCACACAAUUAAAGUGCUCUUAUGCCAAUUGUAUCCUUUUGGAUCCAUAUGAGAGCAUAAUGCAGUAAAAGAGAUAAGCCUAGUAAAAUAAAGUAAAGUAUUAAGAUUUUUGAGAGAACCUUCGGGAAGGAUUGUGUUUUUAGGCCAUCCACACAGAAUAAUUGCACAUAAACAGAACACAAUGUGGAAUAAGUUGGACGCAAUUCAUCUGUUCGAGAGGCAACUUCCGUAAAAAAAUAUAUUUUGAAAUUUCAGCGAGAUUUAUUGAGUAGGAUCAAAGUACUAAUAAUGCUAACACCCAGAUGAAAGAAAGCUCUGAUUGCAUUUAAGCAGAGAAUAAACCCAUUUUAAUGACCGCAUUCUCUUUUACACAAGAAGUUUAAAGACAUUGAUAAACAUACAGAGUCUUUCAGAUCUUUCCAUACAUUGUCGAGGAUGACAGAUUUAUAGGAGUAUCUAGCAUGUUUAUCUAACUGGAGUCAAGUAGCAUCUUCCGGGUCUCCCUUUUCACCGUAAUCAAAAGACCUUUCUGUCCAUUGUGAUGGGACUUGAGUAAUGUUUUCGAUGUGAGCAAAGGAGGUGAAGGUGUAUCAUUUUUCCAAUUAUUAGCGUAAUCUGUUUUCUUUGGCUUCGUACAGAUGUCCUGUGACAUUAUAACCUCCUGAUAGGUUUUGUUCGCUUUUGUACCAGCUCUUGAUUUAUCUCACUUAAUAGAUAACUGAGCUUUUGUAUUCGGUGCUUGCUUUACGCAUCUCAUAUUACAGUGUGAGAAUGAAUGUGAAUUGUCUACAAACCAGACGACCUACAGCUAUCACUUACCUACGUCCAGUGAUUGAUGACACCACGAAAUUGUCAAGUUGUUAGAUGUUAAAUUUAGCCUCGUGCUGUACGGUCAUUGCCUCAACUGGGCUGAUAUCGCCACUGAUUAUAGUCACUAGGGUAGAUAUAAAUUAUAGUAUUUUUUUUUUUUUUUUUUAAACACAAACCAGUUGUGUAAGCGUUUAAAAUUAUAUUCUUAUUUCAUUUUUUCUAAUGUUUGAAAUUAUGGGUGCUGGGGUGGCAAAGGAAAGUUGAAAACAAAGCUUGACUAAAAUCAAUUACAUUUUGGUUGAAGCAAAGUGGAGUAAAAAUUAAAAGUAAAUUUGUUGAAGUGGAUGCAAAACAAAAUUAUACCCAAAUUAUGACUUUGAUUUAGUAUGUUUCAUACAUUUUUCAAAUUAUUUAAUAUUUUUGAAUACAUAUUUGAGCUUAUUUUUCUCUCAAAAUAUUAAAAUAUUUUUAAAAAAUCCUAUCCUAUUUAAAAAUAUAUCAAAAUAUUAAAGUAUUUUUUAAAAAAUAUUAAUUUCAUUUUAAACGUUUACCCAAAUUAUUCAAUCAUUUAAAAAGAUAAUCCAAAAACAUUAAUUCAAAGCAUGUGUAUGAAAUAUGGCCAGAUAGUUCAGGAAUUCCUGAACUAAUUCAAAUACAUAAAUGAGCAAGCACAAAGUUAAAAUAAAUAAGUAAAAAUAGAUGGGAGAUCAACAUUGGCACCUUCCUCGCUCUCGCUCCAAGUGCCAGUGGUGGGGGCAUAAAAAAAAACCAGCAUGAGUCCUAGGACUUUUUUUCCAUUGAGUAAGUAGGGGGGACAACCUAAUUAAAAAAUAUGUAGUAACUAAUUUUUUUAACUGCUUUACUUAUGUACCACUGAAACACUGGGUAAAGGUAGAGCAAGGUAGAUCGAGACUCCCUGUCACUUGAGGGUUGAUACAACUCUACCUCUAGGAGUGGAAUGGUUGAUUACACGCAAGCCCAAAUGACCCAUUAUGUUAGCCUACUUCCCUUUGCACUUUAGGUAUGUGAAUAGGGAUAGACAACCCUCUGCGCAUAGUUAGUGAGACUGUGUUCCUCUAAAUAACCAGAAACACAGUCUAACCCCCCACAUGCAACACAUUGGGUAGGGAAUAGGUUAUAGGGUGGUUCCCUAUUGUUCAUUUUAGGUCCUGCGCACCCAUGCAUUAAUUAAAUAAUAUCUACCCUCAGGACAGAAUGGUUAAGGAGAAGGAAGGUGAAAACACGCAUUCCUCUUUAUAUUGUUAACUCACAACCGUCUGCACAGGAGUGUGGAAACUGGGAAGUAUUCUCAUAGAAGCUCAAUUUCGUUUGCAGCGCACCUAAAUAGUCCUUAAAUUAAUUUGCAUUUUUUUAUGCACUAUCGAAAUUUGUACUUGAAUUACCUCUGAUAAAUAUUACAUCCCUUUUUUAAAAAUACAUUUCAGCUUGUUCAUCUAAAGUUUGCUAUUCGGAUGUAUCGUUGAUACUUACUUAAUUACCCUCUAACUUUUAAAUGGCGACUCCCAUAGUAAAAGGAUUGGUCGUGGAAUAACAACAGCUAGAUCUCUGUACCGUCACGCAUUCAGGAGUAAUAAAGGAAUACAACAAUACAUUCAAUGAACAUUUACGUAAAGAAAAUACCUUUAGUGAACCCGAUGACCACAUGGACUACUUCUGCAUUAUAGAAUCUAUGUAUUACCUAAGAGCUUUCUAGAGAGCUCAGAAUGAUUUGUAUUACUGUCGUGACAUCUGAUGUAAUCUGCUUCAUUCUAAAUAUUACUAUUCUCUGUAAAGGCACAGAUGAUCACUGUGUUUUUUAUUGUAGUGUUCGUCAGGUGCUAACUAGAUUCUUAUGUAAUAUAGCUUAUACCGUCACAUCUGUUGGUAUUGUAGACCUGAUUGUUGAUUUAAGUUGACAGGUUACACCAUUAUUUAGGAUUUCAGAAUAUAAUGACCCACACAUGGUGCUCAGUUGAGCACUAGAUAUCCGAUAACUCACACCACACAGAUUAUCUUCCCUUUCAUAAAAAAUAAAAAACAUUAUUGUACUGUAUGUUACAAUACACCCAUUUCCCACUUGGACUCCUGUUCACAAUGCCCCAUCACACCAUGUGUCAUACUGUUUAAAUCUUUUGCAUGCACUGUUUGCUCACCCUGUGUGUUAUUGUUUGCUGGUUGGGUUUGUAGAUAGAGAGGGUGACUGCAAAUAAAAUGUAUGUACGUGGAUAACCAAGUCACGCAGUCUCUGGCGCCCCCUAUCCUCUGUCUUUUUAAUGCACACGUUAGUGAAAAAGCAGGCAUAGUCAGUAAAAUACUUCUCGGAGAGUAUUAUUUGCUACUCUAGGAACUGGGGAGAAUUGCAAAUUCUAGGCCAAAAUAUAGAAAGUAGAAAUAUUCACAAGCUCAGUUAUAUUUUCAGGAAGUUAUUUGGACCUACAUUUUGCAAUUAGAUUGUUAGUUGUCCCCAGUUCCUGGUUUAAUGAAUCAUUUUAAAAUGGUUAUUUAAAUUCAUAAGAUUGCAGAACUGAAUGUGUUUAGGCUGUGGGGCUAUACAAAUCCAAGUGAUGUGAGAAUUAACCAAAACCGCCUGGGUUAAUCAUUAAAUUGUCGAGAAUUCAAUGUGAUUCUAGAAUGUAAGCCAUAAUAACUUAACUAAAAACAUAGCUAACUUGGGGACAUUUUCUAGCUUGCCAUUUUUGUCCUAAAAUCUUUGUAAAUUUCCAGCAGAUUGCAGAUCACACUUUUUGUGAAUAGCCCUGAUAAUUUAAAUAUUUUGUGCUGUUUUAGGUCCACCUAUUAAAAAACUAGAUAAGAGCAACCCAAGGCUUCAAUUAGGCAUAGAAAAUCAAAACAGGGGUUUUCCUAGGCCUUAUUAAAUUACUUAGUUGGAAGUUCAACUGUGUUUUCCCCAAGAAAUUAAAAUCCAUUUUUUUGAAUGAUGAAUUAAUUUGUCUUUUUAUUUCAGAAUUGGAGGAUUCCCCAUUGUCUGUCAAGAGUGACAUGGCUACAAUAGUAAAAGUAAUGCAGCUUCCAGAUUCAGGGCUGGAGAUCCGGGAUCGGAUGUGGUUGAAAAUAACAAUAUCGAAUGCAGUUAUAGGUGAGUCUGUAUUGUACAGCAACCAGGCCCCAUAAUUUCAGUAAAUCUGGGGGUUUCAAUGAUAACCGUAAGAUUUGUUCAUCUAUCAUUACUGUUUUAGCUUUAUCGCACCAACAAAUUUAAUAAUGAUGUACAGUAGGAAAAUAUUGCAUGUUUUGGUGUAUAGAUCAUGCCCCUGCAGUCUCACUGCUCAAUUCUCUGCCAUUUAGGAGUUAAAUCCCUUUUUUUAUGAACCCUAGUCACACCUCCCUGCAUGUGACUUGCACAGCCUUCCUAAACACUUCCUGUAAAGAGUCAUCUAAAGUUUAUCCUUCCUUUAUUGCAAGUUCUGUUUAAUUUAGAUUUUCUUAUCCCCUGCUAUGUUAAUAGCCUGAAAAGCUUCCUGUAUUUGAUUAAAGUUCAAUUUAUAGAGAAAGAGAUACAAUUGUUUAAGGUAAAUUACAUCUGACUGAAAGUGAAACCAGUUUUUAUUUUUCAUGCAACUGUGUCAAUCAGAGUCAGGGGAGGUGUGGCAAUGGCUGCAUAAACAGAAACAAAGUGAUUUAACUCCUAAAUGGCAGUGAAUUGAACAGUGAAACAUGAGAAGCAUAAUCUAUACACUAAAACUGCUUCAUUAAGCUAAAGUUGUUUAGGUGACUAUAGUGUCCCUUUAAUAUUCCUGGGUAUCAGAUUUGGAGGAAAAUGGGCAGGACCAUUGAAAGCCUCGUUAGCCAUGGUCAGGUCUUUCAUGCCCUUUUUAUUGCCCUCCUUUAUGUGGCCCUGGAUUCUUUUUUAAAUAUUGCAGACAGUGCUACUGAAUCCAUAAUAAACCUGCCCUGUGGCAUGUCAGGGGUUAAAUGAUUGCGACUAUCAGUAAUUAAGAACAAACUAUGGGAAGCUUAUCACGGCUGAGCAAAUACAUUUGAUUCUUAAUGGCCUUUUUAUAAUUUUUUAUAUUUACUAAGAUGGUGUGAGUUUAGAAUUGAAACCUGCUCUAAUUAAUGUAAAUGUUUAGAUUGUUUUUGUUUGAGGUAAAUGGUUUAUGUGUGUUUACAUUGACUGUUGUAUAAAAAGUGUUUUGUUCUGUGUGGUUUUCUGUAGGGGCUGACGUGGUGGAUUGGCUGUACACGCACAUUGAAGGCUUCAAGGAGCGGAGAGAGGCCAGGAAAUAUGCCAGCAGCAUGCUAAAACAUGGCUACCUCAGGCACACGGUCAACAAAAUCACCUUUUCCGAGCAGUGCUACUAUGUAUUUGGAGAUCUGUGUGGCAGUAAGUUUUCGCUUUUCAUCUAUAAUGUAACUUGCCAAAAUGAAUUAUUCCAUGGCUAAAGGGAUGUCAGUAAGAAUGUACCAUUAACAAGCUUUUGCAUUCCAGAGGAGAUAUGCGUGAAAUGCGUUGGGUACACCUCUAGAACUAAAAAGUUUAAUUUUGGCGAGAAAAACUCAGUAUGAAUAAAUUAAAUGAAUGCAUUAUUUACAACACAAUGGUAAAGGGCUGUAUAUCUAAAAAAAGACUGCUUGUAAUUAAGAAUACUUUCAUUUUUGUUAUUUAGAUGUGGCGGCACUAAAUCUUAACGAUGGCUCCAGUGGCACAUCUGAUCAGGAUACCCUUGCUCCCCUCCCACAUCCAGCUGCACCUUGGCCAUUAGGCCAGGGAUACUCUUAUCAAUAUCCUUUAGCACCAUCUUGCUUCCCUCCAACAUAUCAAGAGCCAGGAUUCAGCUAUGGUAGCGGCAGCGCAGGUAGCCAGCACAGUGAAGGUAAGCAUUAAUUCCCUGACCUCCUCUCUCCGUGCUUGUUCUCCACGCUUUGGUGUCUUCCAGUUCUGCAUGCAUGGUUUAUUCAAACACCAUUUCAUUGCACAUACAUGGACUGAAUCAUUCUCAAACUAAUUAGUAUGCAUCUUAGCUUUAAAGUAAAUAAACAGUAAAUAGUUCUUAUAACACUGGUCUGAUCAUUGUUAUCCUGUGAAGAAAUAGCCAUGUCUUGGAAAUAGGCUCAGCAUAGCGAGACACCCAGCAAAAUCAAUACAUUUCAAAGACAUUAUACAAUUUACUGCCAAAUGUGUCAAUUAAUACCUUCACUACUGUGAUCACUUCUUCUCAACCUCGCAGUCUUUGCAUAUCAGUUUCGGGAUUGUGUAAUUAACAACCCAAGUUAAGUCCAGUUUCACAGGUCUGCAACUGAGACCCAUAUUUGGAACCUUUGUUUUACUACUUGUGAGGAAGCAAGACAGAGAGUUAUAUAUAACCUUAUACUACAUGUGGAACCAAACCAUUGUUAUUCUGAAAUAUGCAUAAAAUACAUAAAUAAGAAUCAGUAUUCUCCUACUACUUAAAGGGGCAUCAGGAAAGUCACAUUUUAUAUGAGUAGUUAUAAAAUUCCUGGCACCCAAAAUCUGGUCAUUCUGCAGUCCUUGAGAUAAUCUUGAUGUUUCAUCUCCAAAAUCACCAGCCUUGGACACAAUAAUAAGUAGCUUAACCCUGUGCUAAGCAGCCCACAUCACUUUGUCUGUUGUUGCUGUUUGUGGUUGGGACAGCUGUGGGCCGGUAUGAAUGAAUGAAACCUCCAUUGUGUCUGAGAGGCAGCAGAUGAACCAGAUAUUGGAUGCUAAAGAGCCCGUUUUGGGAAAUAUAUUUUGUUUGGCUAAAAACAAUGGGCAGAGCACCAGAAAACAGGUUCAUUUGCUAAAUUGUGAAGAAUUGACAAGGAAGUAAUUGCAAAUUUUGUAAAAAGAGCUGAGUUUGAAAACAACUGAGGUAUAUUUCUGUCUCUGCAGUUUUAUCCCAAAAGGUGUAAUUUCCUUGUCAAUUCUCCACAAUUCUGUUUUAUGGCCACUAUCCCUGAGUUGUCCACCUCCAUUUUCAAGUCAUUCCCCUCCUGUUGUAGUAUUCUUUUUUUUCAUAGGUGUACAUAACUUUUGUCCUCCUGAUAACUUUCUGAAACUGCAGAGAUAGAUUGUUACAUAAUAGGGUCUACAUGUUAGAUCUUUAUUUAGGCAGUGGGCUACUUCACUUUAGAAUGUACGGUACUUCCCAGAGUGAUUGUAUAUACAGUAUAACAGAGAUUAAAACUACAGGUCCUACACUAAUAGCCUGGCCUUGCAUGUGCCUCACUUCAAGCCUGGAGGGUCCAUGACACACUUACACAGUUGCCAGGGCUGAAUUUCUACAUGCUAGGGUGGAAUUUUCACUCACCAAUGGCUAAUGGGAAGUGGAAAUUUUGAGCCCUGUAGUAUAUAUAUAAUAUAGUCUAGUAGAAAUCAGAGGAACAAUGAAAGCUUUUCCUAAACGUGACAAAGCCAAAAUUCUGCAUGGAAAACCUUGUGGGUUCUCUGUGAAAAGGAAGUGCAGGACACAGUGCUGGUCUGUUCUUUUCAUUAACACUUUGCUAUAUCGCCUGCUGAGUCCUGUGCUGUUAAAGUAACUGUGUUAUUCCCUUGUUUUGUGCUGAGCAAGCCUUAGACUGAAGGAUGCAUUGAAGGAAUGGAACAAUCUAGGUCAUCGGUAAGCGUGAAACUCAGACUGUAACCCCAGUCAUGGCAUGUCCGUCUGGAUCCCUUUGGCCUGUCUUUCACCCACCUAGACCAUUCCCCAUCUCCCUCCAGUUAACAUAGGCUUUUAUUCAUAUCACAAGGUUCUACCCUGAAUCUCAAAAAUAUCAAAUGCAGAAUUUCCACUUGUUUAAUGUACAACGUUAAUAGUUUAUUUACAAAAACCCUACUUUUCAGAUACCAAGUAAAGAACUUUAUCUUCCAAAAGGGGAGAGGUCCAGGACUUUUAGUUUUAGCUUAUAAGACAUCAGAACACCUUAACAAUAAUCUCUGUGCUUCCUUGGUGUCUUCAUUCUGGUAGUACACAAGUAUGUAUUUAUCUUCAGGAAGGUACACCUUUAUUUAGUCUAUAUACAUUUUUCUGACAUGAUCGCUUUUGUAUAGAAUAAAUUAUAUAUCAAAUGUAUAGAUGAAGAGAAAUACUUACCUGAAAAAUAAUAUUUCUCCCAAAUAGUAUCCUGAGUGCAGCUGCCUAUCAUCAAAUGAUGCUUAUUGAUGCCCAUAAUUCCUAGCGUGCAGAUGUUUGGAGUUGUGGGAGGCUCCUGCAUCCUUAAGAGGUCAAGCAAUUGUGUUCACAACCACCUCUGUCCUCCAUGUUUGUAGUCUUUAAAACUAAGCCAAUGGCAUAGCAAGAGGUAAGGUAGGUGAAAAAGAGUAAAAUAAUUUUUCAUUAAUUAUUUUAUUUACAGCUCAGCUAGCUUGGUGUAUAGUUAAAAUUGUGUGCUGUACACAAGUUACACCAAGUUAUGUUUGGUCUGACAAGGGCCUUUUAAAGAUGAUGAGUUUUUGGAUAAUUCAAAUAUAAAAGACCCAAUUCCCCAGUUAGAUACUGCUGUCAAAUUAAGUUUUAUGGCUGGAGUUCUAGAUUCUAGAAUGCCAAUACAACAAAUCACAGUGACGGCAAACUCCAUUAGUUCAUCCUGUUUAUGCAAAGUGCAAGCUCCUGGACCGCUGAUGGUUAACCUUGGCUCUGCAAGUGUGUGUAAAAACUAACAUCUGCAGUGCUAAUGUUAAUUAUCACUGACCUGUGAUCAUGUAGAGGGCAUACUCCAAACAGCCUCAGUUUCUAUGCACGUGUCAUCGCCUCUCAUAGAGCUUAUAUCUUUGUGUGCAACAUCUGUUAAUAUGGUAAUUGUAGCAGAGUUCUUUAUUAAACUCCACAGUGUUGCAGCAAAUUGAAACAUGACCCGUAGAAUUAUAGCAAUAUAGCUGAUAUGGAGAAAUUCUCCAACUAUACCAUAAUAUAAUGAUAUGGUAUGGUAUAAUAUGUGUAUUCUAUAAUGGUAUACACAGCUAGGCCUUAUUUGUUUCAUUGCUAAAAUCAGAGUUUAGUGAAUAAUUCUUUACAUGCAUUUUACCCCAUUCGAAUUAUUAAGCUAUACAAACAGAAUGUCUUUACACACCACAGUAACACUUAGAGAAAUGAACCAACAUAUGCUAGUUGGUGACUAUAGUUGCAUGGUGAUGCAUGGCCAGCUUCAUCUCAUUGUCAUAGUGGGUGUAUGCAUGUCAUAAGUCAUUUGGCAUUGAAUACAUGAUGCCAGGUUUGUGAUGUACAAUGUUCUAUUUAAAUAACCCCUCAAUAUUACAUGGCUCCUUACAGUAAGGCAUAUUAACGGUAAUAGAAAUCUGCAACGUGUUUAUAGCAUAGUGGUGAAUUGAGCAAUGAGCAGCAACAUUCGGGCUUAAAAUAAUAUAUUUGGAGAAAAAAAAUUCUGGGUGUCACAUUUGUGUUUAGAGAAUAAAUAAUCAAUAAAACUAAAGCAGUGUAAUUUUUAUACAUCAGCCCUGAUGUUAAAAGGAGCCUGUCACUACUUACCUGGCCCUCUGGAAUCUGUAACACAGACCUCCAGUCCACCCAGUCACUUCAGUGAUUUGCCUUGCCUGGGAUGCUUCCCAUAGCAAUGGAAACCUCCUUCAUGACACCAACUGGACAUCACUCUGUUAGCCUUGGCUAGGGCUACAUGUGCUGUGGUUGCUACGGGUGGAAAGCAGAAGGACCACCUUUGGGAGGUCUCCUCUGCUCUCUUUUAUCAACCGAGAACAGAAUCUAAGUUUUAAUCAACAGGUAGGAGAAAAAAAUAUUUCUGAAUAGUUUUUUUUUUCCUCUUAAUCUAUAUAUUUGCUAGCAAAACUGCACAAUGUAUUAAUAAAAGUUGAUGCUUUUUAAAAAAAUAAAAAUAAAUAGCUUUGGGAAUGACAGGUGCACGUUAAAGUUUAUUUUUGUUCUUUUAGAAUAAUUAAUAAUCCUAUGGUUAUGCAGUAAAUUUACUAAUUGUUUCUAGAGGUCUAUUCACCUGGAAUUAUGAAGAAAUUACAUACACGUUGUCACAUUGUCACACUACACAUUGUCAGGUGGAAAAGUAGUUAAGUUAAAGAAUGUUUCACUUCAGUUAGUUAGACAAUUUGCAAUUCCUGGUUUACUGAAUAAGUGCUAAUUAUUUUAUUACUUUUUUUUUUUGAAGACUAAAACCAAAAUAAGAGUGCUGCCAAUAUAUUUGGUAACAGAAAACAUAAUCUAAGCCUCUGUAUUGGUCACAAAGUUAGAAAGGAGACGCAGAAAAACACAUUAAAUCUCUCAACCAGCAUAUAAAGUCAACACAAUAUUAUUAAAUAAAUUGCAUUUUCCUUAAUUACUUCUUCCAAUUCAUAAUAUUUUGGAAUGUGCUAGGAUCGCAGCAUGAACAGGCUUAUUCACUAGAGAUAGAAUUGUCAGGAGUUCAAAGUGCAUUGGCAGUGAAUUUCAAAUUUUUGGCCAGAACUCUUAAAUGAGAAACAUUCUCCAGGUCAAUUCUGUUUCCAGUUCAGAUAUUUUGGCAUUAAAUUUGAAAUAAAUUUUUAAUUCCUGGCAAUUCUCACUUUAGGAAAUAACCCUCUAAGUAUUUCUUGGUGCAGGACAUUUAUUUAUUUAAAGUCUUAUUUCUACAGGAAGCAAAAGCAGCAGCUCCAGCCGGAGCAACCGAGAGGGAAAAAGAUCAUCUGGACGAGAGAAAGACCGAAAGUCCACCGGCAGUGGCAGUGGUUCAGACCGUGCGCCUCGCAGUGGAGGAAGCAGGAGCGAAAGGCCAGUGAGCCAACACAGUCAACGAAGUCAGAGCUCAGUAGCGAGAAGUGAACGUAGUCAUCGCAGCAGUCAUCAUUCCCAUGUUCCUUCAGGGCAUCCUCCUCAUUACAGCUUGCCAAAAAUUGGAAGCAAGUUAUGUGGCACUGGUGGCCCCCAAGCCACUCUCCCGAACCGUGAGCUUGGCAACGUCCCCCCAGAACUUACUGGGAGUCGACAGUCCUUCCAAAAGGCCAUGGGAAACCCCUGUGAAUUCUUUGUGGACAUCAUGUGA